GUCUUCGUUCGCAUCAAGGCAGUGGCCUUUUCUGGAAACGGCAGCCCGGUGCGUGUGUUCGUCAUCGGCAACUCCUUCGGCUUCUCCGCCUUGUUCUUGGGUUUACUGUUUAGGACGAAGGGCAGCUUUCUUGACGCAUUGGACUUGGAACCUGACGCUUGUCACCGCAUGGGGGGUUGGCUGACUCGCGCGAUAGCGCGAGCUCAAGACCUGAAUAUCUCCGUGACACGAGGGCCCUCUCCCCAAGCUGUUCCGUCAGCCAUGCGCGGUGGCUCUUAUGAUUUGGCCUUCAUUGAUGGUGGGCACUUCGAGAAGCAGCUGCAACAAGACUUCGAGGCUGUACAUCCCUUUAUGGCAGCUACCUCUGUGAUUGUGUUACAUGAUAUUGUUCUGGUUGGACUGUAUGAUUUCGUCAUGCGUUACUUUGCCGCCUCUGCCUGGGAGUCGCACCUUCCCCGUGGGUGCACAUACAAGAAUAUUGCCGGGACA